CUGGCUUUGAUCCUGAAAGCCAUGCAGAGGCCUGAGACAGCAGCUGUGCUGAAGCGCACUGUGGAGGCCCUUAUGGAGAGAGGAGCUGUUGUGAGGAACCUGGAAAACCUCGGCGAAAGGUCUCUGCCGUACAAAAUCUCCAGGCACAAAGAGCGGCACAGAAGAGGAGGGUAUUUUUUGGUAGACUUUGAGGGCCCACCUUCGAUUGUAUCGGCCAUGAUGGAUCAUUUAGGACGUGAUAUUGAUGUAAUUAGACGUACUUUUUUAAAGCAUCCGGUAUCAAAGACAGAAGAAUGCAGUGGCAUAAUCCCAGUCAACUAUGAAGAUAAACUAAUUGCCAAGAAGAAAUGAAUAUUCCAAAUAACAUGUUCAAAACAUUUUAAAAAAAACAGCUUUACUUUGGGAUACAAUUGUGAUGACUAAUGUUCAUGAAAAAUAAUCAGUUUUAUCAUGUGAUGUGUGUGGUAUAGUGUGUUAUCUUAAGUUAUUGUAACACUUGGGCUUUCUUUUUUUUUGUUUAAAAUAAUUUGAAUAGACUUGAUCUGCAUGCUUAUCUUGAUAUAUAAUGCCUCUAGAAAUUGAUUUUCUUUUUUCUUCCUUAAAGCAUUACAUCAAUAAUGAAGAUUUAUCCAUUAUCAGAAGGCUAAAAAUAGUCUUCUUUCCUAAAGAAAGCUUCUUCAGAAUAUGUAUAUUUUACAUAAGAGAUUAAAAACUCUGCUGUGUACAUAUAGCA